GUAUUUUAUUAUACUGCUGUAAGGCUCUCAAAGUAGAAAGAGAAAGCCUGAAACACUAUGUUUCAUCAGAGCACCUAUACAGGAGUUACAAGUUUCAAUGUCUUCAUUAAGGUCCAGGUAACUGUGCAACUGUAUACAUUAAUGUUCAUCAGAAAAAAGAUUUAACAUGGUCUUCAGAACUAGAAAUGAAUAUUGAGUCCCCUAAGGAGUAUGUACAAACUACAAGGAAGACAACAGUGAAAAAGCAACUGGAUAAAUUGUAAGCCAGAGAAAGUUUCAGGUAGACUAGAAGUGUAAGCAGCAGCAUGCAGUGAAUAAAGUACAACACCAUAAGUUGAAUAGAAAAAAAUCACAAACUAAUGUUGUUAUAGAGCCCCACUCGGUGCAAAGCACCAGGAUUCCAUCAGAAGAUCUAUUUAUAGAUCUAUUUUAUUAAAGCAACAUGUUGCCCUUAUAGUUUUACAAGAUAUUUACAUUUGCUUAACAAACACAUACACUGCCCAUUGGUCAUAAAAAGGAAACAAAAUUCUCAAUAGAAAAGGAGCCACAUCACUCUGUGAGCCAACCAGUAAAGCCCAUAUCUUUUUAUUUUCUCUCUUUCUUCACUUUGUCAUGUUGAUUGUCUUGGUAUCUUCCCUAAGAGAGAUAGGAGGCCUUCCUUAUCUUCAGGAAGUCUUCGCUGGCUCACAAGAACAGAAAUGUCUUUCCUACAAACUAAUUUACACUUUGUGCAACCAUCUGUCCUGUCUGCUAAAUACUGAGUGAUUUCUAUGUACCUCAAAUGGUAACACAGGGUAGCACAAUAUAGUGUGAGAAGUACAUAUUACCUGAUUGGCUCUUCACAGAUAUUAAAAGGAAUACUGUAUGUGUUAUGUUGUAUUAAUUAGUAUUACUGUGGUUUUUUAAGUAGUGUGGUAUAGCUGUAGAUUAUAACAUAAUGUUAAAAUAAAACUAUGAGAUGUAAGAUACUUUUUUAACUAGCUCAAGAAAGGGACGAGAUAAUCAAGAAAUUCUUUGCACAGAGACAACAGCAACAAGACACCUAAAUCCCCGAGAGAAAAACUAUUGCCUCCUUAUCGGAAAAUAACAACUUUCUUCCACCUCCUUCCCGACUUUGAGGAGACAAAAGGAUUAAGGGGGAGAAGUUGACAAUAACCAGACAACACCCUUUAUUUGAAGAGAAUUUAUGCAUCAUGUAUGAGAUAUAUGAAUAUGCAACAGGCUAUUGGUUUUAAGGGUUAAUGCUUUGUUAGCAUGUGUGCUUUUGGGGCUUAAUUGCCCAGGAGGCACCCAGACUGUCCAUAUGUCUUUGUUUUUAUUGUCCUUUAUUGUCCUAACUCUGAUUGUCCAAAUUCUUAUUACUCUAAUUUUUAUUACUAUUUUAAUAAUAAUUUUAUUACUAUUAAACUUUAAAAAAUUUAGAACAAGUGAUUAGCGUUUUUCACAACAGUAAGCACUUACUACUUUAACUUCUGUGCCUCUAAGUGAUUGAAAGCAUGGCCUGAAACACAUAAGCAACGUGAUCUAGCAGCACGGGUCCCUGCCCAUGGCAGGGGCCUUGGAACUACAUGAUCUGUAAGGUCCCUUUUAAGCCAAACCGCUCUGUAAUUCUAUAAAGUCUUUCCCAAGCUUACUCGCUAUAGAAAGAUGAAGUGUAAGUGGCAAAUGCAGGCAGUCACAACAAGCGAUGCUAAAUAUUAAAAGUGUUUACAAAUGCUUGGACGAAAUAAAAAGCUUGAUCUCUUCCCAUGAGUAUUAUAUUUCCACAAGAUGCUGUCUGAGUGAGCUGAACUGGUAUGCUCCCGUUUGAAAAACUGGGGGGGUGUGUGUGUCAGGGAAUGGCAUCAGCUACGCAUGCCCUUGUCUAGGAGGCAGAUCUAGCUUGGCAGCACAGGAGCAGAGAGAAGGCAGCAAGAGUGAUUAGCUUCUGAGAGAUAACAAAGAGAAUAUAAAUUUUCAGUUCUCUUGAAGUUUCUAGAUAGAGUUUAAAAACUAACUAGCAAAAAAACCAAAACAAACCCCAAACCAAAAGAAUGUAGAAGUAUGCACAAGAUGAUAAACGUGGCUGGAACCAGUGGAUAAGUAGAUAAUGAGGAAUAUAGUGGAUUUUGUUGUAAAGUUAUGUAACAAGAAGCAACAACGCAGGCCCAAAAAAAAUGUUGAAGGGAAGGUCGUCUGUAAUAUUGGGACACUCAGUGAGUACGAGCAUCAGAGACCCCGUCAGAUGACCGUCUAGCACUAUAAAAGGACUUCUACCAGAAGGCAGACGCAUACAAAUUAGUUCUAUGACAGUGAUGUUUAUGUAUUAGCUAGGAAGUCUGUUGUAAUGAAUAUGUAUUAUCAAGAUAGAAUUCAUGCCCUGUUGUAGUUUCAUGACACACAUCCGAUUAGAGGAGCUAUCCUCCCAAAGUGUCCAAAGCUGUAAUAAAGAAUGCCGGCUUUCAAACAUUUCAAAUUGUGUUAGUUUAUUUUCCGGCCGAUUUCGGUAUCACCUUAGGUUCGUCGCGGAUCACCGAGAUCAAUGUUCGGUGAUUCCGGCUGCAGGGGAGCUUUGCCCAGCCUGGCCUCGUGGCCGCACUGUCACUGAACUGCUGCACCCCUGCGCGCAGCCCCACCUCUCCCCCCACGCGCGUCUCCAGCGGCGGCGCCGUCCCUCCUCUCGCGCCAGGUGAUAGAAGCUGCCCUAUUCCGCACCUGCGCCAGGCCUACAGUAGUUCCCUUACCAGAAGCGCCCGCACCUAAAAGAAGAUAAAAUAAUAGUGGUGGUAGAAGGGCGUGGCUGAGGCCGUGCCUUUCAGUGGGCUAAGUCGCUCUCCACCGGUCGCUUUCAACGCUCAGUCUCUGCAGAGACCACUUUUUGCUGUCUUGUCUGCUGCUAGUCAGGCAGCAGUGGACAGCAUUCUUGAGGAGACGAAGGCGAGCUGGGUCCUUGCUAAGGCGGUGGCGCGGUGUGUGACGCAUUGGAACGGCGCGUGUGCGCCGCUCUCGCGGCCGGACGGAGGCGUGGGCACGAUGAUGCCCGGAGAGACGCCGCCACCGCUGGCCGGAUCUGCGGCCGCCGACAGGGCCUGCGCUAACUGCGGUGUUCUCCAGCAGAAUAUGAAUGAAUAUGUGGCUGCAUUAAUUGCACUGAAGCAAAAAAUAAUUGAUGGAGACAAAAGGAAGGAUACCAUAACAUAUGAUUGUCAAAAUCAGAGAUUACAGCUUCAAGUUGCUGAACGGGAGAUCUUUGCUCUUCGUUGCCAAGUGGAGAAGAUGUUACAGAAAAUUCUGCCUCUGGAAAAAUGCCAGGAAGAGUUGGGUUCCUUGAAGGCAGAGUUGGAAGAAAAGAAGAGUUCUCUCAAGAUUUAUCAGGAGAGUCAACUGGAAUAUGUUAAAAUUAAAGAAGAAAUAAUUAACAGUGAUGCUGUGAGAAAGAAACUGGAAACUAAAGUGAAAAAACUUGAAGAGGCUGCAACAAAGCAUACACAGGACUUCAGACAACUAAAAACUGAAAAGAAAAGGCUUGAAAAGGAGCUUAAAAAAGCACAAGGAAAACUUGAUGGUGUAAUUAAGGAGAAGUGCAGAAAACUUAAACAUGCAGAAACUCAGAGUUCAAGUGAAGAUCUUGCAACAGAUAUAGACAAAGGAAGAGUGAAGCUCUUAUUAGAAGAACUCUGGAUGUGCAUUGACAGUGCAACAGGAAAAAGAGAGAAUGAGAAAAAUGAUCCUGUCUUAGCUCCUAUUUGGGAUAAGGAAUGGUCUAACAAAAGAAGACUAACUGCUACAGAAGACACUGUACAAAUCCACCAAAGGAUCAGUAAGUGUGAUGGCAAAACACUACCUUGGUGUUCUUCAGGGGAAAGUGCCGUAAAGCAAAAUUCUGUAACAGCAAUGAUAAUUCAAACAAGUACUGAGCCUUUUGGAGAUGAUUGUGCUAUGAACAGGACUACUGAAGAACAACUGCACAGUGGUGAGGAUAAAAAUGUAGAUGUGAUAAUACAGACAGGCAGGGAGCACAGCACUUCAGGCUUCUCCAGUCAGGAGCGGAGAGACCCAGGUGGAAAUGUGAUGGAUAUAUUGAAUUGGGCCAGACCUCUUCCUGCUCUACUUUCUCCAGUGCAGCUUUCACCACUGACUACUCAGGAUAUGUUCUUGGGAGAAGUCACAGUUUCCAGUGAUGAAGACGAUGAUUGCAGUACUUCUGCAGUGGAGAGUAUUUUACAAGAAGACCAAGUUCAGCCUCCAAGCUGUAAUGUAAUCAGCCUUGGUGAUGAGUGUAACAGACAGUGCAAAUCAUGUGAACAUGGUUUUGAUGCAGAAAUCUCACUUAAUCUGAGUUGGAAUGAAAAGAAUAUUCAUAUCAGUCCUAAGAUGUCAAGCAAGGAGAGAGAUGCUGAAAGAAAGCAAGCUGAAGGUGCUACUCUAAUGACAAACAUGGUAACUAACAAAAAUUGUUUGGAGGAGAAUUCUGGGGAUGUGGAAACUGAGAACAGAGAACUAACUGGAGUAACAGCAAACAAAUUGGAAGACAUGGAAGAACAGAAAAGAGAUGGUGAGGACAUGGACAGUGAAGAGGGAGAUCCUUCAGUAGGUUUUAUGUUACAAAGUUUCAAGCCUCAGAAUCAGAUAGAAAAAUGUAGUGUGGUAGAGCAAACAGAGAAGAAUGCAACCUUAAUUAGAGCUGUUGAUAGUGAGGGUACACAUGAAAAAUGCAGUGAAUUAGUGAAUGCAGAGAGAGAUAAAUUAGUAGCACAGAGAGAAACUUCCAGAGAAGCAUCUGUUGCACAGAAUGUUUUUCCUUUCCUAUCUAAACAAUGCAUUAUGCUUCAAAGAGAAGAUGCUGAGGAAAAAUCUGAUGUGUUGAUAGAAAAGGUUGAAAAUAAAUCAAAAAAUGUAGUCCAAUUAACUAAUAUGACUGGAGCUAUUGAGAUUUCUGCACACUCUGAGUGCUCUGAAAUAAAAUAUGACAGUGAAGAGAUUCUAGAGAAACAACAUAUGCAAACAAAAGACAAAGUGAACAGAGAAUGUGAUCCAGAGACUGUUAAAGUCUUUAGGCAUUACUUACCUGUAUCUGCUACUGAAGGAAUUGGAACUUUGUCAGUCUUUCCAAAUGAUGAACAGCUCAAAAUUGAAGACAUGAAUAUAGCCAGAGCUCCAACUCCUGAUCUAACUAUGAAAUUUAACAGAGGAAGUGUUCUAGAAAUAGCUGAAUUGUCAGAGCUACUCCAUAGUGCAGAAAAUGUGAAACUAGUAGAUAUAAAGGAGGUGGUAGGUUUACAAAGCAAACCACAUCACAAGGAAGAUGAUAGUAAUUUAUCUCAAAGGAAGUCAAACUUAGAAAAUAUACUUGCACUACCAAAGGCAGCAUGCAUUAUUGGUGCAGAAUGCAGUGUAGCUAAGUGUGAAUCCUCUGUGUUAGAUUUUACUGAAGUGAAAGGUGAAAUAAAACAAUCUGAAAACUUAUGUAAAACAUUAGAAUGUGGGCAGUCCAAAUCUCAAAACUUUAGACUGUUUGAAUCUCUAGAGACUGAAGUCAGAGUUAAUCCAGAAGAUUGCAGAGGGGAAGGCUGUGAGUUGUUAGCAAGAGGGGAUGCAAUUGAAUCUAUCUUAAUAGAAAGCAAUCCUAUUUCUCAGGAGCAGUUUGCAAAACCUCUGACUCAGCUCUUGAUAACUGAAAAUAUUAAAUGUGAUGAAAUAGAAGGGAAAUUAAAUAAACAAAGCAAGGAAUUGGUGACUGAGACUUGCUCCAGUUCACUGAAGCAGGAAAAGAAUGUUGUGAAGAAAAAUAAUAUUUCAGAGAUCAUUUGCCAGCCUGCUUCAAAAAUGGAAUAUAGAAGUGGCUUGGCUUUUUCUACUCAAAAGGACUUGGUGAAAUGCUGUAUAAAUAAUGAGGAAACCAAUUCUCCCGUGCAAGUGGGAUCUGGCUUGGAAUCCACAAGAUCUCCUGAUCUAAAUUUCAGUCUUCAGAAAGUUGUUGGUUUCCUUGAAACUAACUUACCAGGAAAGGCUGCUUUUUCCUGUACUUGGGAAAACAAGGGACCUACAAAUUCCAUUAUGAGUAGUACAUUUAACUGUUCUUUAGAUAACUUAGAAGAGGGUGCUGAGAUUCUGUCUACUGAAAAAGUCAACGUGGGCAAAGAACUGGGCUGCCCUGAGAGAGAAUAUGUACACAGAAAUGAAGAGAAAACUUCAGAUAAGGAGCAGCCAGUAGAUAAAGCACCUCAGGUGUCUGUUAAAUCACAGAUCAUAUAUGCAAACCCUUAUAAAAAGAAUGCUUUUCUCCUCCAAAAGUUUGAUUGUCAAGAAUCAGGAUGCAGGACUUCUAUGUGGAAGGUUAGAACAGAUCCUUCUAGAACUAAUUCACUAACAGGUGGGGGAGAAAGUCAAGAACUGAAUGGUUUUGUGGGUUCUGGGAAAAAUGCCAUAAUAAAGUAUAAAAGUGAUUUUGGUAUGCCAGAGCAGAGCAAUGACUCUGAAGAGAAAGACUGUUCUAUACAAAAAGUUAAGUAUGUGAAGUGUUCUGAAUGCGUUCCAAUGUUUAGAAACAAACUGAAAACUUCUAGCAGAAUUGCAGUGGAUGCUCUGGAAGCUGGUGCAAUUGUUGAUGCUGAUUACCAAGUAUGUGAGCUUCAUUCAAUGAUGCACCCAGGAAAUACUUUCACAGUUAGUCACCUAAAAACAGACACUGUCAUGGAUAUGAAUACACACUGUGAACCAAACAACUCUGGAGAUACUGCAAAUGAGUGGUCAAGUGUGACUGGGGAGGGUUAUCCUGAAGACUCAGCCUCUUGGAAAACGGAAUGUAUAUUACUAACCUCUGAAAAUACUGAGAGUGCUAAUGAACUCAUGGAGUCUAACAUAGCUGGAUGCAUCAGUCACAGUGAGGAAAGUCUAUUAAAAUCUGGAACAUCAAAAGAAGGCCCUGUGACGCCAGAUGCUUCAAAAAAUAGGUUGCCACUAUGCAAGAUGUUAAGCAGAUUCUCAGAAAAUUGCAGGCUGACUGUAAAAACCAGUAAAUUAAAUGCAAGAAUGUUAGCACUUGGGAAUUUCUUAGAAGAAAAUGAUUCUGCAAAACUUCAGUCAAAUGGGAAACAAGGUUUAUUACACAGUGUUGAUAUGGGGGUCUCAGUGUUUGAAGAAUAUAAUAAUAAUCAAACUUACACUGCUUGCAAUACAGGAGAAAGCAGCACUGAUGUUAUCAUAGAUAGUGGUACAAAAAAGAUUUUACUCAAUUAUCUUCCAAAUCCAACCCUCUCUGAUGUAAGGUGCAGUUGUCAAACAGUUGGUCAUCUUUCUGAACCACAAAAGACUGUAUUUGAAAAGUUGCGUGUGGUGGAAUCAGAGUCUUGUGCUCUCAAGAAGAGCAAUAAGUGGAGGUGUAAAGAGCAAGAACCAUCUGAAAUCUUGACUGUUUCUACCAAGACAGCUGCCCAAGUAAUGCAUACCAAGCUAUCAAAGAAACUGUUUCAAAGUAAAAGAAAAACAAGGACUCUUAAAGUUACUCAGCCAGUUCUUGUAAAUGCUAAUACUUCUGUGGCAAAAAAAUGCUCAUCUGAGAUGAUAAAUAAAAUCAGAGAAGAGAUAGGUCCUCCUCUACCCCCCUUGCUACUACCUCUGAUUGCUACUCCUCCAAAACCUGCCUGUACUGUGUCCCCGGUAAUGUCUUCUACAGGUCAAUUCUCUUUGCUUUCCCCUCUUGAUGACCUGAUAUCCCCAUUAGGCAAAACUCCUGUUCUUCCUCUCAUGUCCCCAUUAACAGAUACUCCAGCAGUAAAACCUGCUAUUUUAUUUUCUCCUCCCUCACCCUCAGAAAUGGCAGUAGGUAGAAGGAUUUGCUCCUCACCUUUGAAAUUUUGUACUUCCAUUCCAAAGCAUGCACUUCCCGUUCCAGGAAGAUUUCCUCUCUUUGCAGCAGUUAGUGCUGGUCCAGGCGCUCCUCAGGAGAACUCAGUGAAAAUAUUGGACACUAUGUAUCCAGAGCUGUCUGCAAGGGCAAGGACACUAAACAUUCUGAAAGGCAAUAUUCAGCUUAACCGAUGUCCUUUUUCAGACAGCCAAAAUUUGCCAGGACCUGUGUCUCAAGCAGGUGGAUUCAAAGCAAUUGCAUCUACAUCAACUGCUUUUGUUAAAGCUGGGAGCAAUUUGAAAUCUGAUAGUAGCAAAGAUGAAGACAAAGAUGUGCAAAAUCAGCAAUUGUUUUCAAAUGAUCUUGGAAAAAGGACACUAUUACAGGUAUCUAUGCCAAGAAGUGCCAAAAGACUGAGGCUGGACAGUGAACCACCAAGGAUGGAGCCCAGUGAUAUUACAGCUGUCAGAAAUACUAAAAAUGCCAUCUCUGAAAUGCAGCAUGCUUUCCAUGGUAAAAGUUAUGAAAUCAGUGAUUCAUCACAGUGUUCCAAUUUAGAAGAAUCCCUACCAGUAAAGGAUUCUGACUGCCAGAAAGUUUCUUUGGCAUUAAAGAAAGUUGCUGAAUCCUGUUUUGAUUUGUUACCAGUUAUCAAAGGUCAUGUGUAUGUUGGUAAUAUCUCAAAGAUUCCAGUAAUGAGAGAUGAAGAGAGAGAAGUUGUCUAUGAAUUUGGUAUAAAAAACAAGCAUUUAGCAGAGUCCUUGCUGCAUGUUAUUCUCAAUAAGCUGAAGGCUCAGAAGAAUGCUCCAAAUUACAAUUUCAUUCAGGCUCUGUGUCGAAUCUAUGCAGGAAUUUGUCGACAGUUGGGAGAUUUGGAAAGAGCCCGCCUUUUCUGCUAUAGUCUACUUAAAGAAGACUAUCCAGACUCAGAAAAAUUGAUUUUAUUUAUCACAAAUGUAUGGUCUGACAUAUUUGUCUUCCAAGGUGCAAUUAACAAAGCUAUGCAAUUAGUUGUCAGGCAGAGUGCAAGCAAUGAGAUGCUGGCCUGUUUAAGUGCUUAUCUCAACUGUGAACAGUCAUGUACAAAAGUAGAAUUUCACCUGAGUGAGCAGUAUGGAGAAGAUCUCAGUGAAGAUGCUUGGCAGUAUAUAUUUGCUCUUGAUCUACUCUGCUCUCAUAUGAAGUGGGAUUGGACACAUGAUAAUGUUAUAAGCAAAGUGCUUUGGCCUUCUAUGGAUAACUGGAUAAAGAAGAGAAAGGGGCAUGAAACUGCUCAGUCAAUUCGUGAUAGUGUUAUAGCAUUGACACUCAGGCUAAUUGGUCGAUUAGGACAAAUAGGUUUGAAGGAAGGCUAUCUUGCUGCAGUGAAGAAUAUUAGUUCAGUAAUUGGACUGUUUGUACAGCAUGCAAAAGAGGAAGCUAUUCCUUGGGGCGUGCAGCUGGCAGCCAUAUAUUCACUAUGUGACUUGGGUUCAAGCAAUCCAGAAGGUAUUGUUGAGGCCAUCCAUGCUUGGAGAGCAAAAGUUCCUAACAACAUCCCUUCUGCUAUCACAAAUGGCAUAGCUGAAAUCACCUCUCUGUGUGAAAUGGAGCUAAACUAAAAUGUAGAGAAGUGGACUGAUCUAAAGGAAGAAGUGCCUUACCAAUUAAGCAGUAGUUGGUUCCAGUUAAAAUCCAUACAAAGUGGUGUGUCUUCUUGUAUUUCAUACUUUAAAUCAGAAUGUCUGAUCAUGCAAAGUAAGGUCAAGUAUUUUAUUUGGCUUUUCUGUUUGAAGGAAGAGGUUUUAAAAAAUAAACAAAAAUACUUGCUUUUCCUAGUAGCUGAUUAGUGAUCUGAAAACGAGUGCAUCUUGAACUCCUGAUAUAUUUCUGGUUUGAUGACAAUAAAUAUCAGUAACAGUUUUUGUUUUUCUACCUACAUCAGUUUGGAGUAUGGACUCUUAACAGAAUACUCAGCGUGACUUGAAAACCUGGCUCAAUUAUUUUGUACUAUUUUUAUAAAGUAACUAUUCAGAUAGCAGAAUAUUCCCCAGAUUCUGCUUUGUUUUGCUUGGGUUGUCUUAUAAACUUAAUUUAAAAUACUUUUGGAAAACAGGUAGGAAUUGACUUUUUGUGUAGCCAUUAUGUAUGGAGUAACAGAUACUAAAUCUCUAAACUUGUAUAUAUGGUGUAUUCAUAUGUGUCUCACAUUUGAUAUUGUUCCACUUGGAGAAUUUUGUGUAUGUAAAUAGAGAGUUGGUUCAAAAAAAGUUCUUGUUUCUAAUGAUAGCUUCACUACACUCUGAUUUUAAUAAAUAUAUCAUAAAAGAGA